CGCGCGCCUUCCGGGCUGAUCGCUGAUCGCUGAGCGUGGAGGCUUUGCCAUGACUGCAAGGUGGCGAGCGCUGCGGACGCGUUCCCGUUUCACCAGCUGAGUCGUGGGCGAGCAGCGAAGGCGAAAACGGCCCAGUUGGUCGCCGAGAGCGGUUGGACGGAGCCGUUUGUGCUUCCCGCGGACCGGGUCACCGCACGGAAGAGGCUGCUACAGAGCGGCGCCCGCUUUUCCCUCACUGACUCUGCGCCCCGGAGCAAAUAAAGCCAAGCGAAGCGGCGAGCUAGCGAGCCCAUUCCCGCAGUCAUGGACGGAGAGAGGCGGCGGGCCUGCGGGCGCCCCCGGAGCCACGGUGUUUCCCGCAGAGGGCUUGCCGUCGCCCCGUGGCUGUUGGCGGCCGCGCUCCUCGCCGGGCUCCCCUCCUGCCAGGCCAAGGAGUGCGACAAGCCGUGCCUGAACGGGCAGUGCAGUCCCUCCAGCGGCGCCUGCGUCUGCGAGGCCGGCUGGGUCGGGGACCAGUGCCAGCACUGCGGGGGCCGCUUCAGGUUGACGGGUCCAUCGGGCUUCCUGACGGACGGACCGGGCAACUACAAGUACAAGACCAAGUGCACUUGGCUCAUCGAAGGAGAGCCCAACACCAUCCUGAGGCUCCGCUUCAACCACUUUGCCACCGAGUGCAGCUGGGAUCACCUGUACGUCUACGAUGGAGACUCCAUCUACGCCCCCUUGCUGGCCGCAUUCAGCGGACUGAUCGUGCCAGAGCGCUUCGCGAACGAAACGGUCCCCGAGGUGGUGUCCAGGUCUGGUUACGCCUUGCUGCACUUCUUCAGCGAUGCGGCCUACAACCUCACUGGCUUCAACAUAUCCUACAGGAUCAACACGUGCCCCAACAACUGCUCGAACCGCGGGGAGUGCCGCCCGGCGACCGCGAACGGGGGCGUGUACUGCGAGUGUGCCGAGGAGUGGACGGGCGAGGCGUGCGACAUCCCCUACUGCCCGGGCCAGUGCGGCGCCCCCGAGCGCGGAGAGUGUCGGGACAACGGCACGUGGGGGUGUGUCUGCCACGCAAGCUGGCAAGGACUCGACUGCUCCAUCCCUGUUCCAGCCAAUCGCUCCUACUGGAGCCAUGAGGAGUACAGUGAGAGCAGCCUGGCACGUGCGUCCCACAAGGCUGUGGUCGACCAGGACAUCAUGUGGGUCAUCGGUGGAUAUGUGUUCAACUACUCGGACUACGAGAUGGUCAAAGCAUACAACGUGACCUCUAAGCUGUGGCUGCCGCUCAACCGCUCGGUGAACUCGGUCACUGCACGCUACGGUCAUUCCCUGGCUCUGCAUGAGCAUAAGAUCUACAUGUACGGGGGUAAAAUCGACAACACGGGCAACAUCACGAACCAGCUGUGGGUGUUCCACGUGAGCAACCAGUCGUGGGUGCCGGCGAGCCCGCGCGCGAAGGAGCAGUACGCCGUGGUGGGCCAGUCGGCGCACAUCGUGCAGCUCGGCCCGGACAACAUCGUCAUGCUGGUCAUCUUCGGCCACUGCCCGCUCUACGGCUACAUCAGCAAGGUGCAGGAGUACAACAUAAGGACCAACACGUGGCGCAUCCUGAAGACCAACGGCGCCCUCGUGCAGGGGGGCUACGGCCACAGCAGCGUGUACGACCCCAGGAGCCGCGCGAUCUACAUCCAUGGCGGCUACAAGGCCUUCAGCGCCAACAAGUACGGCCUGGCGGACGACCUCUACAAGUACGAGGUGGACACAAAGAUGUGGACCAUCCUCAAAGACAGCGGUUUCUUCCGCUACCUGCACACCGGCGUCAUCGUGAGCGGCACCAUGCUGGUGUUCGGCGGCAACACGCACAAUGACACGUCCAUGAGCCACGGGGCCAAGUGCUUCUCCUCGGACUUCCUGGCCUACGACCUGGCCUGUGACGAGUGGUCGGUGCUGCCGCGACCGGAGCUCCAUCAUGACGUCAACCGCUUCGGGCACUCGGCGGUGUACAGUGACGGGGUGAUGUAUGUGUUCGGAGGCUUCAACAGUCUGCUCCUGAGCGACGUGCUCAUGUUCACCCCAGCAAGCUGCUCAGCCUUCUCCACCGAGUCGUCGUGUGCUUCCGCCGGCCCGGGGAUGCGCUGCGUGUGGAACGCGACCGCGGGGACCUGCCUGCCCUGGGAGAGCGCCACCCCCCAGCAGGAGCGCGCAGCCCACACUUCCUGUCUCUGCAAAGCAUAUGCAGACAACGAGAAAUGCGACUCGUACGCGGACUGCUACAGCUGCACAGCCAACACCAACGGCUGCCAGUGGUGCGCCGACCAGUGCAUCUCCCUGAACAGCAACUGCACCAUGGUAACGGGGGCGAUAGCUGAAUAUGAGAUGUGUCCCAAGGAUAACCCCGAGUAUGUGUGCAACAAGAAGACGAGCUGCAAGAGCUGUGCCAUGGACCAGAACUGCCAGUGGGAGCCACGGAACCAGGAGUGCAUCGCCUUGCCUGAGAACAUCUGUGGAGAGAGCUGGCACUUGGUGGGCAACUCGUGCCUAAAGUUCAUCACGGCGAAGGACUCGUACGACAACGCCAAGCUGACCUGCCGCAGCCACAAUGCCGUGCUGGCGUCCCUCACCACGCAGAAGAAGGUGGAGUUCGUCCUGAAGGAGCUGCAGAUCAUGACUGUGCUGUACAAGGCCACGGUGACGCCCUGGGUCGGUCUGAGGAAGAUCAACGUCUCGUACUGGUGCUGGGAAGACAUGUCCCCGUUCACCAACACCUCCCUGCAGUGGCUGCCUGGGGAGCCCAGCGACGCCGGAUUCUGCGGCUACCUGGCGGAACCGGCCUCCAGCGGCUUAAAAGCUGCCACCUGCGUUAACUCGGUCAACGGCAGCCUGUGCGAGCGCCCGGCAAAUCACAGCGCCAAGCAGUGCCGCACGCCCUGCGCCCUGCGCGCCACCUGCAGCGAGUGCACGAGCAGCAGCUCCGAGUGCAUGUGGUGCAGCAACAUGAAGCAGUGCGUGGACUCCAACGCCUACGUGGCCUCCUUCCCCUUCGGCCAGUGCAUGGAGUGGUACACCAUGAACAGCUGCCCACCGGAGAACUGCUCUGGCUACCGAACCUGCGGCCAGUGCCUGGACCAGCCCGGCUGCGGGUGGUGUACCGACCCCAGCAACACGGGCCGAGGCCAGUGCAUCGAGGGCUCCUACCGAGGGCCCUUCCAGGCCCCCGGUCCCGGUUCGUAUCAAGAGCCCGCCCUGAACCUCACCAUGUGCCCUCAUGAGAGCAAGUUUAACUGGUCCUUCAUCCACUGCCCAGCGUGCCAGUGCAACGGCCACAGCAAGUGUAUCAACGAGAGCGUGUGUGAGAAAUGCGAGAACCUCACUACGGGAAAGCACUGCGAGAGCUGCAUCGCUGGUUACUAUGGCGACCCCACCAACGGCGGCACCUGCCAGCCCUGCAAAUGUAACGGACAUGCCAGCAUGUGUAACCCUAGCAACGGGAAGUGUUUCUGCACAACUAAAGGCAUCAAAGGAGACCGCUGCCAUCUGUGUGAAGUAGAGAACCGUUACCAGGGCAACCCUUUGAAAGGAACAUGCUACUACACCUUGCUGAUUGACUACCAGUUCACCUUCAGCCUGUCGCAGGACGAUGACCGGUACUACAUGGCCAUCAACUUUGUGGCCACACCCGAGGAGCAAAACAGGGACCUGGACAUGUUCAUCAAUGCCUCCAAGAACUUUAACCUGAACAUCACCUGGGCUACCAGUUUUGCAGCGGGUACCCAGGCCGGAGAGGAGAUCCCCAUUGUGUCCAGGAGUAACAUCAAAGAGUUCAAGGACAGCUUCUCCAACGAGAAGUUUGACUUCCGCAACAACCCGAACAUUACGUUCUUGGUGUACGUCAGCAACUUCACUUGGCCCAUAAAGAUACAGAUUGCUUUCUCCCAGCACAGUAACUUCAUGGAUCUGGUCCAGUUCUUUGUCACUUUUUUCAGCUGCUUCUUGUCCUUACUGUUGGUGGCCGCCGUGGUGUGGAAGAUCAAGCAGAGCUGCUGGGCAUCACGGCGCAGGGAGCAACUUCUGCGUGAGAUGCAGCAGAUGGCGAGCAGACCCUUCGCCACCAUCAACGUGGCCUUGGAAACGGAAGAAGAGCCGCCAGACCUCAUCGGAGGCAGCAUUAAGACGGUGCCGAAGCCCAUAGCCUUGGAGCCGUGCUUCGGGAACAAGGCAGCUGUGCUCUCCAUCUUUGUGCGGCUGCCCAGGGGCUCGGGCGGCAUCCCGCCACCGGGACAGUCGGGUCUGGCCGUUGCGAGCGCCCUGGUUGACGUGUCCCAGCAGAUGUGCGUAACCUACAAGGAGAAGUCGGCCGGCGUGAGGAAUCGCAAGCACCAGCCUCCCGCGCAGCCAGCGACCUGCAUCUGAUGGCCGGCGCCGCCAACGUCACGAGCCGAGGAGAGCGAAGAGGCCUGGGAUUCGUAGGGGAAAGUCACACACCCCGGGGGGAGGACUUGUACGAGGGGCUCAGCUCGGGUGGAUCUCCCGAACCCCUCAAUUCUGGCAAUAACCGACCCCAGAUGGGCACCUGUGACUUCACCCCUAGCCGCCGGACCACUUUAAUGCUCAGUUAGGAGAAAAGGCGCGUUGAACGAGAUGGAAUGGAGGUGCUGUGGGACCUUGGUCAUACGUGGAGUGUGGAGGACGCCCGGCUCGGCCGCGUGCCGGUUCAACCGGCCUGCCCUUUUCAGCCCUCGCCCCGGAGCCCUUUCGUGUCCUCUCAGCUUUUAUUUACCUUCCGUAUUCUUAUUAGAAACAACACGUUCAGUUUCCAUGUCAUGAUUCGCGAUGACCCGUGAUGCUCAUACUUGAGAAAUAAACAGCGUAGGCUGUCGCCUUCUUUCUGGAUGGUCGUAUGGAGAGUAGAGUGUUGGCUGCUAUUCCUGCCUGUUCUUCUGCAGGUGUAACUCCCCCCGCGUUUUACCACACUUUAGGCCAGUGAAUACUAAUUAAUGUGGGCUCCAAUCUGCUUAAGAAUGAGAAGAAUAGCCCUCGGCUGCAGCGGUUGUUCUGAGACACAACUGCACGUUGCCCAUCUCCUGCUUCGGAAAUCAGGUUCCGAAUAGGGAUCAGAAGUGGCGAGCGCUCCUUUCCUAAGUCCUCGUCACACGAUGACGUCUUACCGUUGAAGAUUGACUGCGUCUCCAGAGCUCAUACAAAUUCGAACGUCUCCGUUCGUCAAUACCUUAUUUUGUAGCGCCGUUACUUAUAAUAGUCUCGUCGAGGAGUGUACAAGUGCUGAGGAACAUCGAGAGUAGAUGAAUGGAGACGUUAAUUGCCGUUCCUUCGCUGCUGAUACUCUUCUCGGUGGUGAGUAAUUCGGAAGCUUUUGUUUCUUUGAAAGGAAGACGGGAGCGGUUAUUGACACUGCUGCUGAUUCACUCUUCUGUUCCAUGAUAUCUCCUUUGUUGUGCUGGAGAUUUGAACGACUUAUGGGUUUGCAACAGAGGCCACAGUGGAACGUAAACACCGAGGAUGAAGGAGAGGCUCAAACAAAGUAAAGCAGACAGGAAGAAAGUAGAGAAUUCAUACGCAUGCUGCUAUUUUUUGCCCGUAUCGUCUAAUAUUUUAGCUGCGCUCAACGCAAAAUUGUAACCCAACCCUGAAUUAAAAUCUGCCAUCUCCUGUAGCUUGAUACAGCGUUGUCCAGUGACAUAGAGCCUCCUGCCCCCCCCAAAACCCAUGAGAUGUUAUCAGUUUAAGGCCCACGCCUAGGACUAACUGGAAAUGAAUGAACAUUUGAGUGUUUGCGUCUCUAAUAGUCGGCGAAGAGAAGAGAACUUGUUUAACCCCAGUUCAGCGUAUUAAAAAAUACUGCUCUUCUCUGCCUGUGAACCGGAGGGAUCGGAGGCCUCGUCGCCGGGAGCUGCCGUGCAGAUACACCUGAGGAUACGCUUCCUGCUCCGGGUGCCGCGCUCCCUCCGUCAGCAUCCGCGGUCCAGGGGUCUGGGGACCGAUUCGCAUGGAGGCGCCGCGCGCGUUCGCCAGCGAGCUCUUUUAUCGGCGCGCGCGGCUGUCAUCCCCUAAUCGGAAAUCACAGCCCAUUCGUGCGUUUUUACCUCGGUCGCUCCCUGCAGAAGAAUAGCGCGGGGAAAAGGCUUUCAGAGAAUAAAAGGAAAAACAUAUCAAUUGUACAUUUUGAGGAGUCUGUUGUUAGUUUUCAGAGUUUUAAAUGUCAGCUGCAAUUUUGCAGCAGAGGAAAAUUGAGACCACAGAGUACAGAAGUGUUUUGUUUGGUUCCUUUUCAGCGGCUUCUAACACACUCUUUGUUCCAUUGACUACAGAUCUUGUCCAGGCUUCUUUUUUUGGUUGUUUUUCCAGCAGAGAUUGUUUUAACUUGUCGCUUUCGUUGUGCCGACUUUUCUAUCUCAUCGAAAGUUUUAUUAAAAGUAUUGAGUUUCUGCGUAGACACACACAUACGUGUGUAGCUUACAGUGAAGCAGGCCUGGUCCUUGUGUGCCCCCCACACACACGUUGUAGUGGACCUACUGCUAAAGAACAUCAGCGAAGCCCCUUGUGAGCAAUAACUUGCCCUGACGUGUGAGUGAAGUGGCUGUGAAAUACCGCGUUCCGCUCGUGACUUUGUUUUUCCCUGAGAGAAAUCCUCUCGUAACUGAAUGAAUGUAAAAAUAAAAGAAAUUGUUCAAUAACUGGACGUAAUCUUCAGAAUGAAUGUUCCAGUGAGUUCGCUGACACCGGUCACCACGCUUUCAGUUCCGGAUACCAUAGUAUAGCUGAGGGAAUACCUACCGGGACCCGGAUCACCCAGACCGAACUAGCUAGGCGCGUUCGGCCUCGAACCGCGUGCCGUGCGUUAGGCUGCAAGCUAUAGCACGUGCCUCUCCGCAGCCUGAGGUCACGCACCACACAUCCAGUCCGACGCCGGUCGGGUCGAACGUUAAACAGGGACGGUCAGCACUUGAGAUGCAUGUUUUAGAUAAAUUAAAAUGCGUAAAUCCAAUGCCUGUAUGUUAGUCGGCGCUGUGUGUUUUAUCUCGGCAGCCCAAAUUCACGAUAUAAUCGUAACCUUUUGCGAGAAAUGGAUGAGAAAUGGGAUUUCCCCUCCUGCAAAGCCCCUCCCUGGGGAGGCGGGGGGACUCAAACCUGCGACGUUUGGUCCGCCUCGGCCCUCCGCCGGACUUCGGUUGUGAAACGCACCUCCUCUCGUCCUUCCCUGUGAAGUGCCGUUGUACACAUGGAAGAAGUAGUUUGUCGAAACGUACGAUUUAGCGUUGAUUGCACUCCUCUUUCUUGUAAAUAUUGAGAAAGUAUUGUACACUUUUUCGUUGCCAUGGGGAAAUUUUGCUGAGAAAAUGACUCGGAGGAAUGCCAGUUUGGUCCAAAAUUGAGUCGAGAACAUUUUUGUAUUGUAAAAUAACUUAUUUAAACGAGAGCCUAGCUAUGGAUGACACUUAUUGUAUAAGAAUGGUUUGUCAAAGACCAUGUAACUACUUGUAAAUUAAGAAUGUUAUAGAAUUUUUGGUC